GAACCCUAGGGAUGAAUCUUGAAAUUUGAAUGUGUACCAGAUGUAUCAUUUAUUGUACGUCAUCAGCAUAUUUCUUUUGCUCAUCUUUGUCGCAUUGAAUUUUAAUGCAUGAGUAUGAACUGACCAUGAUGGAUCACAUCGCACUGUUCCUUUGAAAUCCAUUGUAGAAAAUAAUCAAGUGGUCGGAGCUAUCAUUGUCCAUUGUCACCCUAUCUUCAAUUCACCCUCUUUAGCCAGCUGACAGACAUUAAUUCCAAAUGUGAAAGUCUUUCAGAAAAGUCGUUAUUAAUUGCGCUCCUUGUUUCAUUUCAAACAGUUCCUUCCCCCCCUCGCAUUUUCUCACUCAAAAGAAAGAGAAUUGUGUCUCUCUUUCUCUUGGUGCUCCGAGACAAGUAUAGAAGAAUUCUAGAGAUACCAGGAGAGAGAUCAAGAAGUCAAGAAAUCACCAAGAAUCCAAGAGAGAGAGAGAGGAACUGACUACUUCGAGUCAAUCACAUGUACAGUUCUCUCACUUUUUAGCUUGCAAUCUCAAAUUUGAGAGAGAGGAUUUGUCAUUUGAGAGCAUAAAAGAAAAGAGAAAUAUACAGUCUUGUGCAAAACCUCCAAGGAGCUAGAGAGAAUUAAUCUAGUCUAUACGUACAAAUGGGAUUUUUUUUACCGUUAUUUACAAUUUCCCAGUGAGAGAACAAGAGCCAUGAAGAGAUUUGAGACAGAAACAAAGAUGGGUUCUUUUUGUUCUCUCUCUUCUUUCAUUCUAUCUCUUGCACUGUUAACUCUACGACAAGUUUCUGGAAACAAUACAGAGCUUCAAGCUUUAAUGGAGCUAAAGUCUGCUUUAGACCCAACAAAUAAGUAUUUAAAGUCAUGGACUAGUGAUGGGGAUCCAUGCAGUGGCUUAUUUGAGGGUGUGGCGUGCAAUGAGCAUGGUAAUGUGGCUAACAUUUCAUUGCAGGGAAAGGGACUGUCUGGUACAUUAUCUCCUGCAGUGGCAGAACUGAAAAGCUUGUCUGGUCUGUACUUGCAUUAUAAUUCAUUGUCUGGAGAGAUACCAAAGGAGAUUGCUGAUUUGACUGAGCUGUCAGAUCUUUAUCUCAAUGUGAAUAAUAUUUCUGGGAGUAUUCCUCCUGAGAUGGGUAACAUGGCUUCUCUACAAGUUUUAGAGCUGUGUUGUAACCAGCUGGCAGGGAACAUACCACCAGAGAUGGGGUCCUUGAAGAGGCUAAGCGUCCUAGCAUUGCAGUAUAAUAGACUAACUGAUCAAAUUCCUGCCAGCUUAGGGACCUUGGGAAUGUUGAAAAUGCUUUAUAUGAGUUUUAAUCACUUGUCAGGGUCAAUUCCUCAAGGAAUAGCUAACAUUCCACAGAUGGAAGUGCUGGAUGUCCGAAACAAUUCUCUUUCUGGAAUCGUCCCUUCUGCUUUGAAGAGAUUAAAUGGAGGAUUUCAGUUCGAGAACAACCCAGGUUUAUGUGGAACUGGAUUUCCUCUAUUGAGAGCUUGCAAUGCUGUUUUUGAUAUCAACCAAGUUGGCCCCUUGGGACCUAUUGCAAAUAAUACUGCUCAAAAAGUUAUCCCCCAGUCUGAAAUUCUUCAGGCACAUUGCAACCUAACCCACUGUUCAAAUUCAUCAAAACUUCCACAGGCUGCCAUUGUUGCUGGGGUCAUUACAGUCACUGUCACGUUGAUGGGUGCUGGAUUUCUGAUCAUUUUCCUCUAUCGCCGGAAGAAACAAAAGAUUGGGAAUACAUCCGAUUUUUCUGAAGGGCGGCUAAGCACUCACCAGGCUAAGGAGUUCCACAGGGCUGGUGCCUCUCCACUUGUAAGUCUUGAGUAUUCUAAUGGGUGGGACCCAUUAGGUGACAGUCGAAAUGGCAUUGAAAUCUCUGGAGAGCAUCUAAAUAACUUUAGAUUCAACCUGGAGGAGAUCGAGUCUGCUACCCAGUGCUUUUCUGAGGUGAAUGUACUGGGAAAGAGCAGCUUCUCAACUGUCUACAAAGGAAUUCUCAAAGAUGGUUCUCUUGUAGCUAUUAGGAGAAUCAAUUUAACCAGCUGUAAACCUGAAGAAGCUGAGUUUGUGAAAGGUUUAGACUUGCUGACAUCCUUGAGACAUAAUAACCUCACUCGGCUGCGAGGUUUUUGCUGCUCUAGGGGCAGGGGUGAAUGUUUUCUUAUCUAUGAUUUUGCUCCCAGGGGAGAUCUGUCAAGAUAUCUUGAUUUAGAAGAUGGAAGUAAUCAAGUUCUUGACUGGUCUACAAGAGUUUAUAUUAUCAAUGGCAUAGCAAAAGGUAUUAGAUAUUUGCACAGCAGUGAAGAGAACAAACCUGUCAUGAUUCAUCGAAGAAUAUCUGUUGAGAAAGUCCUCCUUGACCAGCAGUUCAACCCAUUAAUCGCAGACUCUGGCCUCGCCAAGCUUCUAGCAGAUGACGUUGUCUUCUCAACUAUAAAAAUCAGUGCUGCCAUGGGAUACCUAGCUCCAGAAUAUGUAACCACAGGGCUUUUUACGGAAAAGAGUGAUAUAUAUGCAUUUGGAGUCAUCAUCCUCCAAAUCCUGUCCGGUAAACAGAUCCUGUACUCCAAAUCAAUGCGAUUGGCAGCUGCAUGUUGCAUGUACGAUGACUUCGUUGACACAAGUCUCCAAGGAAACUUCUCUGAAUCUGAGGCAGCUAAGCUGGCAAAAAUAGCACUGGCUUGCACUGACGAGCUCCCUGACCAUAGGCCGACCAUGAAGGAAGUGAUUCAAGAGCUGAACGUAAGCAAUGCUGGUUCUUAACGGCCAUGUUUCUGUAUAACACAGAAAUUGCUCUAUCAUUUGACCAAGGAGACCUUAACAGCGCAGCUCCUGUGAAUACUGCCGAUAUUGCACUUUGUCCUUUGAUUGGAGACGAAUGCGUACCAGAAAUCAGAAAAGAUGGUUCCCUGUAAACAUGGAGUUGGUUGAUGAGAGUCUCUCCAAAAAUUCCUGUAAUUUUAAACCUGAUUUUUUUUUUUUUAAUUUAGCUCUCUAAGAAGCUGUUAUAGCGAAGAGACGAAGAGGAAUUUAAAUAAUAUAAUUUCUCUUUUCUGUCGCCA